AUGUUGGUCGAGCUGCUCUUCCAAGCUGCCUGUGUGUCCCUGUUCCUCCCGGGCGGCCAGGGCAGGGUGUACCCCGGGAGGAAGAAGCCGGCCAGCUUUGCCGUGGAGAGGCGCCGCGUGGGGCCCCACGUCUGCUUCUCGGGCUUCGGCAGCGGAUGUUGCCCCGGGUGGAUGCUGUCUCCGGGCAGCGGGCAGUGCACCCUGCCGCCCUGCUCCUUCGGCUGCGGCAGGGGCCUUUUAGCCUCCGGGGACGUGCGGGGACCGGCCAACGGCGUCCGCUGCACCGACAUUGACGAGUGCCUGAGCGCUGCCUGCGAGGGUCUCUGCGUUAACACCGAGGGCGGCUUCGUCUGCGAGUGCGGCCCCGGCAUGCAGCUCUCCACCGACCGCCACAGCUGCCAGGGUGCGCGGGGGCCGGGGGGCCGGCCGGGGGGCAAGCGGGGGCCAGCCGGGGCUGGCAGCUACCGCUGCUCCUGCCGGCCUGGCUACCACCUCCAUGGGAACCGGCACUCCUGCGUGGAUGUCAACGAAUGCCGGCGGCCGGGAGAGCGCCGAGCCUGCCAGCACGCCUGCCACAACACGCCGGGCAGCUACCUCUGCUCCUGCCGCCCCGGGUACCGGCUCAGCGGCGACAGGGUCUCCUGCGAAGGCUACCCCAAAUCCAUCCUGGCCCCAUCGCCCAUCCUGCAGUCCCUGCAGCAUCCGCCCACCCUUGUCCUGCUCCCUCCUGGCUCUGGGGGACCCCUCCUGGUCCCCAGGGGCUCCCCCUCGCCCCACCUCCCUGCCGCGGCUCCUGGUACCCAACUCCCUUUCUCCUCUCCCUCCCCGGCGUCCCCGGCCACCGAGCCCGAGGACCGGAUGCAGGGGACCUCUGGGGAUGAGCAGGGCGGGAUGUGGGGGACGCUUGGGGACGGGGAGGGCGGGAUGUGGGGAAUACCUGGGCAGAGGGAGGGUUGCUUCGUGGAUGACAACGGGGUGGAGUUUCCCAUCGGACAGAUCUGGUCUCCGGGCGAUCCCUGUGAGUUAUGCAUCUGCCAGGCAGACGGCUCGGUGAGCUGCAAGCGGACGGACUGCGUGGAGACCUGUCCCUACCCCAUCCGCAUCCCCGGGCAGUGCUGCCCCGACUGCUCGGCAGGCUGCACCUACAUGGGAAGGAUCUUCUACAACAACGAGACCUUCCCCUCCGUCCUGGACCCCUGUCUCAGCUGCAUCUGCUUGCUGGGCUCGGUGGCCUGCUCGCCCGUGGACUGUGCCAUCUUCUGCACCUAUCCCUUCCACCUGGACUGUGGACUCGCUGCCUCGCUCCCUGCAGACUGCAACUACCAGGGUAGGAAGGUGGUGAACGGCCAGACCUUCACCCCCGAGGGACAGCCCUGCACCCGCUGUACCUGCCAGCUCGGGGAGGUGAGCUGCGAGAAGAGGCUGUGUCCCCGCUCCUGCGCAGAGCCUGCCGCGCUGCCCGCUGCCUCGGGGUUUGGGGACAGGAGGGACGUGCCCUGCCCCAGUGGCAGGAGCGUGGCUGAGGACUUCAUUGCGGCCGGCCGGGGCCUCUGCAGGCUGACCCCGAGGGAGCAGAGCUGA